AUGGAUAUGUCAUCGGUGCGUCGUUCGUCCCGUGCCAACAAGGGACACCACAGGCGUCUUGAGGAGGAACAGAAGGAGUUGGAAGAAGCCCUGCGUAGAGCAGAGGAGGAAGCUGAGGCUGAGAGGCUUAAGGAAGAAGAUGAGCAUGUCUUGUGCACUGUGUGUGGCACUACGGAUGCAAACUACGACGAGACUACUGACGAACGUGAUAUGAUCCAAUGUGAAAAGUGUCGUACAUGGCAACACAACGAGUGUCUUCUAAAGGAUCCGAGUAUUAUACCGGACAAUUAUCGCUGUAAUGUUUGUGAUCUGGACGACCCUUAUUAUAAGACAUUGGAGUGCAAAUUGGAUCCUGUGAUGGUUCGAAAGGAGCUGGAUGAAGACGACAAGAAGAAAGCCAGAAAGAAGUCCGAGUUUUUGAGAGUGCUCAAGGAUUUCAAAGAUGAAGACGGCGCGGAAGAAGACGAUGAAGGUGACGAGGUUCAGGAUGGCGAAUCCGAUGUCUCAUCCUCAGAGAGUUCGGAUGAGGCCGGUGACGACGACGACGAUAACAUUGAUGAGGAGGCUGAACGGUUGAGGAAAGAGUUGAAGGAGGAGAAGAGACGGUUAAAGUUGGAGAAGAAGAUUGCUAAAGGUUCGAUAAAACGGUCAAUGUCAGACGCCAAUGAUGAAGAUUCCAACAAGAGUAAGAAGCCAAAGAAGACCAAAGUGACAAAGCCGGCUCUUGACCAUAUCGAGGAGAAGGCAAGACAGGCAGUAAGGAAGAGGUUUGAAGGCAUGUUUCUCAACCUUUUACCAGGCCAUACGAUCCCCAAUGAAGAGGGCACCAUCGAAGAGAUCUCGAAUAGAUGGGCUCACAAGCUGGAAGAGGACCUGUUUGAAGGACAUCAUGAUCGAGCUACCGGGAAACUUACAAAAGACUAUAAAGAGGCCUCUACAAGGAUCUUUGUCAAUAUCCGUGAUGUCAAGAAUACCAAGCUAAGAAACUCCAUCAUUGACAGAGAGAUACCUUUCAACAAACUGGUUAAGAUGACUGUUAAUGAGCUGCUGAACCCUGAUCUGCGUAAGGAGAAGGAAGAAGCCAUAAAGGAGUCGAUGACACAGGCCACCUUGGAGAAAGUCAAGGUCUCAAACAUUAGAAGAACACACAAGGGAGACAUUGUCCUGGAGAAUGAAGAAACUCAGGCUGCAUCACAACAGUUUGACUUUAAUGUUGGACUGCCACUCGACGACAACGAGAGGAAGUUCACGGAUGAUCAACCAACAGUUGAGCGUAAGAGUGUUGAUCUCGGUUCAAAGGAUAUCAACGGGAUGUAUAACCCUCAACACUUUGUCGAUGAGGAGGAUAUCGUCCACAACGGUGCAGACGAAGGUGACGGCACCCCACAAAACAUUGAACUCUUUGAGGAUGAAGAGGAUGACGACUUGGCCAAGAUUCUUGGAGAAACCAGUAAGAAACUGGCCGAGGUUGAUGGAUACGAUCCAACAGUGGUUCAGCUCAAUUCACAACUAUGGCAUGGACAAACAGUGUUCGCUGGUGUGACUAAUUUUGAGAGUUGCUUGCAGUUCAACAACACCACGUUGAAUCCUGACGAGUUCAGAGACAUUGCGUAUAGUGUGUUCGAUGGUAACCUGCCACUUGAAAUCCAAGGACGAUUGGACACUCGUAAAGCUGAGGACUAUCUCCUAAAGAUCUCCACGUCGAGGAAGAUGAUCUUACUGGAGCUGAAGAACUCUGACAAUGUUGGAAAUGGCUACAAGAGACUCUGGGACUACCUCGAUUCAAAGAGCAAGUACGGUGUGUUGAGGAACACACAACCGUUUGUGAAAGAUGCCUAUAUCUUACCGAUUUCUACAAGGCUCCCGAAGUGGUUCAAGACGUUUAGCAACUUGAAAGUUGAAGGCGUUGCUGACAGGCUGUACGUUGUUCUCGUUGUUAGACAGGAGAUGAUUCACGAUUUUGCAAAGAGUACACAACAGCCAUUGAUGGAGUACGACGCAACGGCCUCGCUAGGUCCUAAUGAGAUGGCACUGAUGCAGAAGAUCUUCGAGGAAAGGCCAGAGACCAAGAACAACCCAACAUUGCUCGUACAGCAUCUACAGCAGCUCUUGAAGAACACCAUGUAA